AGCUAUGUACAGGACCCUAACUAACGCCGCGUCGCUUGACGCUUUCCCUGCCCUCAGUCCCAACUUUGACGGCCUCACCAACUGUGACGGCCUCACCAACUGUGACGGCCUCAACAACAACUUCAUAUCCCUGGAGGAGAUGGAGCGGGACUCUACAGACACGCAUCAUCUGCCGGUAACAGACACGCAUCAUCUGCCGGUCACCAUCUUCACGCGCUCUGUGGCCCGGCACACGGACAAUGACGUCAUGAACCGGAUACCGUACCCGGCACACCGUCCGGUGAACUACAACGAGUCGAGGAUGUUCGUGCCGGUAGAUGUCCCCACCCCCCGGGACGACUGCUCCAUCGGCUGCAACAAGAACUCGGCUGGACGGUCCAGAAAGUCUGUGACCGCGCCCAACUCCCCCGGCCCCUACCCGUCUCACGCCUCACGACUCGACACCAUCCACUUCACGUCACUCGAGAACGUCACGCUCUCGGACUUGUACCGGCCGGCAGGACUCCGGUCAACAGGACUCCGGCCAACAGGACUCCGGCCAACAGGACAUGGCAGAGAGGACAUGUCAGAGAGAGGACAGCUGGACAACCGCUGGACGGACGAGAGCCGUGAGCGCAGCGCCUCCACAAGCUUCGCUCACCUCUUUAAGCGGUGCCGGAGUGAACGUGACCUUGAGUCGGACUGGAACUCUCUGCUGCGUGACUGCAGUGAGCAGCAGAUGAUAUACGAGCUGCUGUGUGCUGAGAGAGUCUCACAGAUGACAAAAACUUACAAUGAUAUAGAAGCUGUCACACGUCUACUGGAAGAGAAAGAGCGCGACCUUGAACUUGCUGCUCGUAUAGGUCAGACCCUACUCUCCAAGAACAAAGAGCUAUCGUCCAGAUCCGAGACCCUUGAAGAGCAAUUAACCCUCGCUAACGAGCGGGUCAAUCAGCUGCGACAUGACCUGAGUAUGAAGGAUGAGCUGCUCCGGUUUUAUAAUGAGGACCUGGAGUACAACCACCCAGGGGAGGUCACUCCAAAUGAAAAGCCCCCCCAUGACGGCAUCAAUGUUGACUUUCUCAAGAAGAAGGUGGAAACUUUGGAGGACGAGAACCUCAACCUCAGGCUAGAGAGUGCCCAGCUCAAGUCAACCACAGACAGCUAUGAGGAGAAAGAGAAAAAAUUGGUGGAGGACUGUAUCCAGCAGCUGGCUGAAGUAAACCACCAAGUGGAGUCUCUAGCUGAAGAGCUGCAUGAGAAAUGUGAGGAGUGUCUACAUCAGAAGGAGGAGAUCACCAUCUUCCUGGGCCAGAUAGCUGAGUUACAGACCAAGAUAAGGAAGCUGACACUUGACAACAUGGACCUGCAUGAAAAACUGACGGCAUCAACUGAGUCACAGCGUAGGCUGACUAAAGAGCUUGGCAGCAUGCAGGACAAGUAUGACGAGCUGUUGGAGAUGAUGGAGGAGGCCACAGACGAACUUCGCAUUUUGCGAGGCCGACACAAAGUUCGGGCCAACGGCCAACACCAUCACUCAGCGUAUGCCAUCCCCACAGACUCUCUGGCAUCAGAGCUGGAAACAUCCCUGCAGCAGGAGUUGUCUCAGUCCAACAGGAGAGCCCAGAGCUGGAAAGUGUUUGAGACAGCCAGAGCCGCCAAGCGAGCCGCGACCAAAGCAGCCCAGAGGGAGGUCAUGUCGUCCACCAGGAUGUCAGUGAUGGCACUGCCGUCACAGAGUGGCAACACGUCACAGAACCAGUCGACAUACCCGUCAGAUGUGGAGAGUAUUGCUAGUGAUGGCUACAGCGCGGACAUGGACAGCCUCUAUGGGUCCAACCCAGAACUUGGACGGCCUGGGAUCCCAGGCUCUAAUGACCUGGAGAGUGCCUUGAAGAGGCUGGCACUGAGGAAAGCCAACGAGUUGAAUGAGAGGGACUUUCAUGAGGAGGAGGAGAGGAAGAGGAAACAGGAGCUAGAGAGAGAGAUAAGUGGCACCACCUCACCCCAGAGUGUCAGGAGUCACUACCAAGAUGGCGUCAGGUCUCCUGGCAUCAUGUCCUGGAACUCUGGGCCGCCAACCUUCAAAAUCUCUGACAAACUUCAGAUAGUCAAACCUCUGGAAGGUUCAAUGACCUUGAGACACUGGCAGCACCUGGCCACUCCCCACCUGGGCGGAAUCUUUGAGGAGAGGGAGGGGGUCCAGAUGAGGGGAGAGAAGAAACUUGAGCUGGUGGAGGAGGUUUACUCCCUGAGUGACCUGGAGGAAGAUGAUGACCCAAGUGAUGUCCACACAAGGAAGGAGCAGGAUAGCAGUUUGAUCUACACAUUCACAGACUCCACAGUCAGGAACCCUGGACCUUACAUGGGGCUUGGGACCUUAGCUAGUCUUAGUAGUUCACCCAGCCAGAGCACACUAGAGGACCCACCCAUUCAAGCCUCCACACCAAGGGCAGACACCACCCAGAGCACAUACAGCAUGACCCUGGGGCUGGCUGCCCUCCUGGGGGGCAGGGAGACAGCCGUGGAGCGGGCUUUGUCCCGGGUCUCUGCUUUGAGUGGCCACCCACCCACCAGACCCGCCACAGACACGCCUCCAACCCCUGGCCUUGACCUUAACCAGAGGGUUCUUUCUUCAAGGUCGCUUGGCAGUUUAUCUUCAUCUUCUAACUCACCCCAGCCCAAGAACCUACCAGGGUCAAGGUCACUAGACAAAGUUCUGAUGGAGCGAGAGGACGGGUCCUUGUCCAGCUUUGCUGACCCGUCCCAGAAACCCAGCCUGUUUGUGCCGGGUAUGACGGGUCAGGGGUUUCUCCAGCAGUUAAAAAACAAAGGCUACUCGCUGUACGGCCUGUGGGGGGGCAAGGGCCCCACGGAGAGCAGCACAGAUGGAGCCGAGGGCCCCACCAAGGCAACAGCUGAGUCAGUGCUGCCCAAUGGUGCGGGGGUGGGGGUACUGGGGGCGCUGACCAACUUCAGGCGCAGUGGCAUUUUGUGAGACUCACAUUUGGGCAUGUCAGUCUGCUUAACCUCACUGGGAUCAUUGACAUCAGAUGUCAGACUGACAUGUCAUCAGCCAAUCUAUAUAUGUCCUACAUUCCUCAUGUCAUAAUCAAGCAUCCUCAUAGAGUGGACUCUGUUGAUGUGGUGUGUGGGUGGGAUGUGUGUUGUUUGAGUCCACUGUUUGUGUUUAAACAAUGUGCCAAGUGAACAGGAAGGAUAACUUGACAUGGCUAAUGACAUGACACAUGGCUCAUGACAUGGAACAGAAGUGUCACUGUAACAGACUCUGUGAUUGGCCAAAAUGAUCCUGCUAAAACCAAAGGUCACAAACCAGGGGACAUAACCCCUCUAUUGAUUUGAUGGCAGGAGAACCACUGUGCCACAGAUUUGAAUCAAUUGUUGUUUUACAGCUUUAGUAGUGUAAUGAAUGUACAAAAUGUUGACCACAUUAUUUUAUCAUAGCAAAUAUUUGUAUCCCUUUUUUGUCCUACCAAAUAUUUUGUUUGUGCCAAUUGUUUGUCCUACCAAAUAUUUUGUUUGUGCCAAUUGUUUGUCCUACCAAAUAUUUUGUUUGUGCCAAUUGUUUGUCCUACCAAAUAUUUUGUUUGUGCCAAUUGUUUGUCCUACCAAAUAUUUUGUUUGUGCCAAUAGUUUGUCCUACCAAAUAUUUUGUUUGUGCCAAUUGUUUGUCCUACCAAACGCCAUAGUUUCUUGUGUGCCAAUUGUCCACAUAUGUGCCACCAUUACCAGCCAGUGCCCUGGCCAGGGUGAGCUUGCAAUACUUGAGCUCAGUCCACUGUGCUGGUAUGUCAUUUGACUUUCUAAAUCUUUGUGUACUUUUACAAAAUGUGUUACUGUAAGUAAAGUUGAUGUGAGUUUAGGUUGUAAAAACUUGGGUUAGUAAAGUUGAUGUGAGGUUGUAAAAACUUGAGUUAGUAAAGUUGAUGUGAGGUUGUAAAAACUUGGGUUAGUAAAGUUGAUGUGAGGUUGUAAAAACUUGGGUUAGUAAAGUUGAUGUGAGUUUAGGUUGUAAAAACUUGGGUUAGUAAAGUUGAUGUGAGUUUAGGUUGUAAAAACUUGGGUUAGUAAAGUUGAUGUGAGUUUAGGUUGUAAAAACUUGUGUUAGUAAAGUUGAUGUGAGUUUAGGUUGUAAAAACUUGGGUUAGUAAAGUUGAUGUGAGUUUAGGUUGUAAAAACUUGGGUUAGUAAAGUUGAUGUGAGUUUAGGUUGUAAAAACUUGGGUUAGUAAAGUUGAUGUGAGUUUAGGUUGUAAAAACUUGGGUUAGUAAAGUUGAUGUGAGGUUGUAAAAACUUGGGUUAGUAAAGUUGAUGUUAGGUUGUAAAAACUUGGGUUAGUAAAGUUGAUGUGAGUUGAGGUUGUAAAAACUUGGAUUAGUAAAGUUGAUGUGAGUUUAGGUUGUAAAAACUUGAGUUAGUAAAGUUGAUGUGAGUUUAGGUUGUGAAAACUUGGAUUAGUAAAGUUGAUGUGAGUUUAGGUUGUAAAAACUUGGGUUAGUAAAGUUGAUGUGAGUUUAGGUUGUAAAAACUUGAGUUAGUAAAGUUGAUGUGAGUUUAGGUUGUGAAAACUUGGAUUAGUAAAGUUGAUGUGAGUUUAGGUUGUAAAAACUUGGGUUAGUAAAGUUGAUGUGAGUUGAGGUUGUAAAAACUUGGGUUAGUAAAGUUGAUGUGAGUUUAGGUUGUAAAAACUUGGAUUAGUAAAGUUGAUGUGAGUUGAGGUUGUAAAAACUUGGGUUAGUAAAGUUGAUGUGAGUUUAGGUUGUAAAAACUUGGGUUAGUGACAGUCAACUGUGGUUGUGUAAACCAACUGGUCGCUCCACACUAUUUGCUGCACAUCUCAUGGGCUUAGUUGAUUAGAUUUGUCAGUGUGGACAGAGUGACACUCUGCCAGGUGAUUAGCUGAUGGUCAAACCCUGACAAGGUUAAACCCUGACAAGGUCAAAUCCUGACAAGGUCAAACCCUGACGAGGUCAAACCCUGAUGAGGUCAAACUCUGACGUGGUCAAACCCUGACAAGGUCAAACCAUGACAAGGUCAAACCCUGACAAGGUCAAACCCUGACAAGGUCAAACCCUGACAAGGUCAAACACCUCUAGUUUGGCUAAAGCUAAAACAAAAAGCAAUUUUUUCUCAUUGAGGCUCAGCAUGUACGGCUGAAUUAAUUGUAUAAUUUUAUUACAAAGAGACAAUAUGUAUGGCUGAAUUAAUUGUAUAGUUUUUUUACAAAGAGACAAUAUAUAGGGCUGAAUUGAUUAAAGUAGAUAUGCCUUUCUACAAACAAAUGAUUGUACAGACAUGGUUGAUUGAAUGAUUGCCCACAUGUUUGAUUGAAUGAUUGCCCACAUGUUUGAUUGAAUGAUUGCCCACAUGUUUGAAUGAUUGCCCACAUGUUUGAUUGAAUGAUUGCCCACAUGUUUGAUUGAAUGAUUGCCCACAUGUUUGAUUGAAUGAUUGCCCACAUGUUUGAUUGAAUGAUUGCCCACAUGUUUAAUUGAAUGAUUGCCCACAUGUUUGAUUGAAUGAUUGCCCACAUGUUUGAUUGAAUGAUUGCCCACAUGUUUGAUUGAAUGAUUGCCCACAUGUUUGAUUGAAUGAUUGCCCACAUGUUUGAUUGAAUGAUUGCCCACAUGUUUGAUUGAAUGAUUGCCCACAUGUUUGAUUGAAUGAUUGCCCACAUGUUUGAUUGAAUGAUUGCCCACAUGUUCCUGAUCUGAUUUUGUUUUUGUACUGUACUUAAGUCCUACUUCAUUGUAGCUAUUUAUAGAAUUUUAUUUUAAGCUCUAUUCAUAGAAUUUUAUUUUAAGCUCUAUUCAUAGAAUAUUUUUAGUUGUGUUAUUGUGCCUGAAGUCUUUCAUUACAUCUUUAUAUUUAUGAUUUCUGAUAUAUUUAUGAUUUCUGAUAUAUUUAUGAUUUCUGUAUAUUUAUGAAUUCUGAUAUAUUUAUGAUUUCUGAUAUAUUUAUGAUUUCUGUUAUAUUUAUCAUUUUUGUUUUAUUUAUGAUUUCUGAGCUGAUCUUCUGUCUCAAAGUUUUAAAAAAUGAAGGGUGUAUUUUAUUCAAAAAAUUUUUACCAAGAUUCGAAUUCUAAAAACAUCUUUUUGACAUCUGUCGGUAGUUCUAAAAAUAGUUGUAGAUUUGCAACUGGUAGGUCUAUGUUUUUUCUGUCUGAGUUUUCCUUUGUUGAAUGUUGUUAAUUGUAUGCAACUAAAAAUCUCACCAUUUUGUGAUUUGCUCUUGAUUGAAGAUUUGAUGAAACAAAAUUUGUUGAAAUGUUAAAUAGUAUCAAAUGUUGAAUGCUUCACAAUGUUAAAAUGCUAAAUACCCUCAUCUUCCAUACACUACAUGACAACUUCUAGAUGUACUAUAUCAUAGACCUCCAUAAAGUUCUAGACGUAUUAUAACAGAGAGCUCCAUUCUCUAAAGUUCUAGACGUACUAUAUGAAAUACCUCAUCAAAUUGAAAUCAUUGUUUCUUCCAGACUUUUUUCUCCGGGGGUGCAUUUGAAAUUUUCAAGGGGGGCGGACAACAAUUUUUGGGGGAGGCGGACACUGUCAAAAGUAUAUAUUUUCUAUA